UAAGCCUGCAGUGCGAGAGCGAAGUGCUCUAAUAGGGUGAUAUGGUACUAUAAGGUCAUUAAGAUAAGAUGGGGCCUGAUUAUUUAAGACCUUGUAUGCGAGGAGCAGGAUUUUGAAUUCUAUUCUGGAUUUACCAGGGAGACAGUGAAGAAAAGCCAAUAUAGGAGAAAUCUGUUCUCUCUUUCUAGUCCCUGUCAGUACUAUUUAAAUCAUUGUAAACAUGUACACAGGUCAUUAGAGAGAUACAACAGUGAGCGUGUACAGUCAUCUGUAUUACAUCGUGGACGUUCUGUCAUGGUUUUGAGGUGCAUCUCAGAAAUGGUGUUAGGGAGCUUGUCAAAAUGAGUGUCAGUGCACUAAAAGUAUAUUUGGAUAGAAAAACACACACUAUGACAUCUUAAGAAAUAGUGCAUACAUGGAUUGGCCUCCCCAAAGCCCUCAAUUAAGAUAAGAUAAGAUAAGAUAACCUCUAUUAGUCCCACACGUGGGAAAUUUGUUGAAUUAUUGAAACAGCAUGAGAUCAUGAGAUAUUGACAGAGAACAGAAUAAGCCCACAACCAAAGAAGAUCUUUUAAUGCCCCUCAAGAUGCCUAAAGAAGUAUUCCUGCAGACUACUUUUGCAGGAAAGUGUGCCUAAAGGUGAUCAUUCCCAAUAUUGACUUUCAAGCUUGUUAGAAUUGUACAAAGUCUGUUAAGCUCUGUGACCUUAUGUACUGCUUUUGCAUGUAUGUUUGCAAGUUUCAACAAGUCUCUGCAACAAUUUUGCAGGAAAGUAUUUUAAGAAAAGGGGUGGCUCAAGACAUUUUCACAGUACACUAGUACACUUUAUACAACAGAUUGAAGAUGGAUAGGCUGAGGAGUAGCUCAGUUCUUCUUAGGCUUCUUGUAGGGUGUAUGUGACUCAAGGAGGCCUGAUUAAAAAAAAUAACUUACAUCAGAAAUCAUGCUUGGGCGGGGCUUUUCCCACUUGUGGGUAUUUUCCGUUCAACGGUUAUUUACAAUUACAGAAUAUACAAAAGAAUCUGAGGCAUAUUUCAGGCCAUGUCUGCACAGGUUUUUAUCGCGUCACGUUUUUACUCAGUGAAAUCCUUUGUGUUCAGAAUCAGAAUCAGAAUACUUUAUUAAUCCCGAAGGAAAUUAGGGAAUAACAUGUCAGGCCACUAUGCCAACAUGUUUUCCUAAAUUUGAUGUUUUCAGUUGUUGUGUUACUUGUGUCCUUAUCAUAUUCCAGAAAAACCAAAAUAUAGCAGUAUUUUAAUUUAACUAAAAAGAUAUCAAGUAAGCGUGAUACAAAGACCAAGAUCAUUUUUAUCCAUGAAUGGGGGGAACUGUACAGCUCCUGAGGAAAGAACACUGUUGUCUAUAAGAUUAUAAUUUUCUUGUUGCAGUUCCUCCUCUGCAAGUUAACAAACUAACACGUUCAUGUUGAAGGUUCUGAUGUAGUGUUUUGGACAAUGAUAAAUGGGUUAUCCAAAAAACUUAAAACCAUUUUAAACCUAUUCACUCAUUUAAGGUUUAAAACUAGUGGGACAAAAUAAUAUAAUUUCAAUAUAUGAUGGGGUAUUUUGUUGUUGUUUUUUUUUAUACUUUGAUGAAAAUCAUUAUUUUAAAACACAUGGAAGUCACCAACUGCUAUGUUUGCUCCCUUGUGAUGCUCCGCUGCAGCCACUUUUAUCUUCGCUUUCACCUUUAUUCACCAUUAAAAUCAUGGAUGAGGCAAGAGUUGUCUGUCAAACAUUGAUGUGAAUUGCCUAAUAAUGUCUGUCUUGUUGCUUUAGAGAGGGUAAAUGAGUUCAUUUGGAUCAAUCAGAAUUACAGUUGUGGGUAUUUUAUCACUGGCCUAAUGCUUCUUGGAAAAAAAAGGUUUUGUAAAUAGCUAUAUAACAUCUUUUUUUUAACCUUAAAUGACACAUUUUAAGGUCACCCAAUCCAGUCAAACUGCUGUGGAUUAGAUUUUAACCUCUAGUCUCAACAAGCAUUAAACAAGAUGUGUUUACACAUAUGGUUUAACCAGCACACUUCUGUUUGAUCUAUGGAGACCAGAUGGACCCUGGAGAAUGCACAGAGCAAGCUUGUUGCAGGUCAAUCAAACGAUAUGGAAAACACGUCCAAGGUGGAAGCUUCUAAUGGGCACAGCAGGCCGCUGGACAUUGUACCGAGUACAGAGGAGAAGAUGACAGAAAGGGGACAAUGGGGCAACAAGGUUGAGUUUAUUCUGUCUGUGGCAGGAGAAAUUAUUGGCCUUGGGAAUGUCUGGCGUUUUCCUUACCUUUGUUAUAAGAAUGGAGGAGGUGCCUUUUUUAUACCAUACCUCAUCUUCCUGUUUGCUUGUGGGAUCCCUGUCUUCUUCCUGGAGACAGCUUUGGGUCAGUACACCAGUGAGGGAGGCAUUACCUGCUGGAGGAAAAUCUGCCCCUUGUUUGAAGGCCUGGGUUAUGGCAGCCAGGUAAUUGUUGCUCUGCUGAACAUCUACUACAUUAUUGUGUUAGCCUGGGCCGUCUUCUUUCUGUUCAACUCCUUCACCUGGGAUCUGCCCUGGGCAUCCUGCAACAACAGCUGGAACACAAAUUCCUGUAUGCCAUUUCAGAAGGGGAAUAGCUCCAUCAAUCACAAUGAGAACACCACCUCGCCUGUCAUUGAGUUCUGGGAGCGCAGAGUACUGAGAAUAUCUUCAGGUAUUGACCACAUUGGUUCUCUGAACUGGGAUCUGGCUCUGUGUCUUGCCUUUGCAUGGGUAAUCUGUUACUUCUGUGUAUGGAAGGGAGUGAAAUCCACGGGCAAGGUAGUUUACUUCACAGCUACUUUUCCGUAUGUAAUGCUCCUGGUUCUCCUGAUCAGAGGAGUAACACUGCCAGGUGCCUCCAUUGGAAUCCACUUCUACCUUUACCCCGACAUCAAUCGACUGUCUGACCCCCAAGUAUGGAUGGAUGCUGGAACUCAGAUCUUUUUCUCAUUUGCCAUCUGUCUUGGCUGCCUCACUGCCCUAGGAAGCUACAACAAAUAUAACAACAACUGCUACAGGGAUUGUGUGGCCCUCUGUUUCCUUAACAGUGGUACCAGUUUUGUUGCGGGCUUUGCCAUCUUUUCCAUCCUGGGCUUCAUGUCCUACGAGCAAAACGUUCCCAUCUCAGAAGUGGCUGAAUCUGGUCCAGGUUUAGCCUUCAUUGCCUAUCCUCGAGCUGUGACCAUGAUGCCUUUUUCCCCUCUGUGGGCCUGCUUCUUCUUCAUUAUGAUUGUAUUUCUAGGACUGGACAGCCAGUUUGUAUGUGUGGAGAGCCUGGUCACAGCCGUGGUGGAUAUGUAUCCUUCCGUCUUCCGCCGUAAAAACCGCAGGGAACUCUUCAUCCUGGCAGUAGCAAUAGUAUCCUUCUUCCUGGGCCUCAUCAUGCUGACAGAGGGAGGCAUGUAUGUCUUCCAACUCUUUGACUACUAUGCAGCCAGUGGGAUGUGCCUGCUCUUUGUAGCCAUUUUUCAAACAGUUUGCAUCGGUUGGGUUUAUGGUGCAGAUCGCUUCUAUGAUAACAUUGAGGAUAUGAUUGGCUAUCGCCCCAGCCCUGCCAUUAAAUACUGCUGGCUUUUCUUCACUCCUGCAACAUGCUUUGGAACCUUUGCCUUUGCCUUAAUCAAGUACUCACCUUUGAAGUACAACAAUGAUUAUGUGUACCCAUGGUGGGCGGAUGGGAUCGGCUGGAUCCUGGCUCUGUCCUCCAUGCUUUGCAUACCCCUCUGUAUGGCAUUCAAACUGUACAAUACCCCAGGAACACUGAGAGAACGUUUUGUUCUUCUAAGCACUCCUUCCACUGAUUUACCAAAGACAAAGCAGGAGCAGGAGGCACUCCAUACCAUCUUUGCAGCAGAUGGUGAAAGCCUCCAUCAGAAAGCACCUCCUUCUCGAGAUGGCUACUUCCCUGUUGGCGAAAAGGAGUCUCAUUGCUAGAAGUUUGAGGGUUGGAAUCGGAGUCUAUUUAGAGGUCAGAUGUCACUGUGAGGCUCUCAGUGACUGGCCCCAUCACUGUUCUCUCUGUAUUACCUCACAAGAUAAGCUGGUGAAAACAGACAUGUUUGCAGACUUUAACAGUCUGCUCACCUGCUAUUGGCUGCUGGAACCUUCUUCUUUGCAUGAUGCCUUCAGUAUACAGUGUUGUGCAAAAAUCCUGAGCUUCCCCUCAUUUCUUUAUAUUUUGCUAGCAAAAUGUGAAAUAGGUGCAGUAAUCUACUGAAACAUGCAACCAUACAUGGUAAUAGAGUAUGUGAGGCAACAAGUAACCUUUGGGAAUAGUUCUCCAGGCUUCCUGAAGGACAUUUAGAUGUUCUUUGGAUAUUGGAUAUUGUCUUUUGUUCCAUUCUCUGUUAAGAUGAUCCCACACUGCCUCAGUAAUGUUGGCUAUGGGGAGGUCAAUCCUUGACUAUUAGUGUUCCACUGUGUGUUUUUCUGUCCAGGUGCAUUUUCACUGUAUUGACAGUGUGUUUGGGAUUACUACCAAUCAGACAUUUUCUAGAUUGUAUUACAUGGUGGGUGAAAAUUUGAUGGUACUUUUUUGCUUUCAUAAUUCCAUCAUUUUUGACAAGAUUCCCAGUAUCGAUGGUUGAAAUACAGACCCAUACCAUGCUCUUUCUUUUUUGGCCACUUGUUCUGUUUCCUCAAAUUUUUUAACUACACAUUGCACACCAUUCUAAGCUAUGCCAAGUUUUCGCGUAAUAGGUUUUGUAGAAAUCACCUUGUUGGUGCAAAAAUACUCUUUCUAUGACAAUACUGUUUUUGCAACAGGCAGCUAGUAAAGUGCCUAAAGAUACAAUUUAAAGUGAGUUUUUUGCUAAGUUGUCUGUUGUGUGUAGACACAACACUGGUUAAUGCCUGGAGUUGGGCGACUUAGGUUUUUGCAAACAAUUCACAGGUCAGUGUUAAACAAGUCAUAUAUAAAAAAAACAUUCUUUCAAAAUAGUCAGGUAUAAGAAUUUGGAUGAAUGAAUGAAAAAGCAAACCAUCUUCAGAAAGCCUGGAGAUCAACCGCUUAAACAAUCAACACUCUAAAGAAAUGAUGGGGUGACUCAAGACUUUUGCACAGUACUGUACCAUAUGAUGGCAACAGCAACAUUACGCAAAGAUUUACUUCCUUUAUUUGAAAGUUGGUUGACAUCUCAUUUGCCUGUGGCAGAGUAACGUGACAAUGUAAACACUGCUGUUACACAGUGGCAAAGAAUUUACAUUUGACUGCGUCUGCUUUCUAAGGAAGCAUUUUCUUCUGUUGUGGACAUCUCUAAUGUUCAGUAAAUCUCAUUCUGGCUGCUUCAUUAAAUUUAACAGCGGUCUGCUGCAGACUGAGUGCAGGAAAGUGUCACAUGAUCGCACAGCUCACAAACCCCUCUGGGCUUAAAUUAAUCUGCUUAAUGUAUAUAGAGGAGAACCACAUUGUUUAUCCACCAAGAGUUGAGAUGUUCUCUCAGGAGUGGUUAAAAAAAGUCAUAAAAAACAUUACUACACAAGGUGUUUUAGUAACCAAUGCUUCAGGAUACAAAGACUGGUUAAAUUUCUACAAAUCAACCCACUUAAACUCUAAUGUUUGUUUACUUUUAUCUUAAUACUGUUUGUACCAUUUUAAAGGCUUCUCUGUAUAAUUUUGGUCUGCUUUGGGCGCUGCAGAUUUGUAUUGAUGUUUUGUAUUAAAUGUUUAUGUUAAAUGUUCAGAUUCUUGACAUGGAUUUAAUUUAGUCUUGUUUUAAUGUGCCUUAUGUCUAAUUCUGGGAAUGUAUGAAACUAAGAUAGAAUGUACCCAAAGCAAAGGGACAGUUGAUCCACUUAGAUUAUAUCAGAAGUGAGUUCCAAUGCAGGAGAUUCAUUCCAAAAAGAAGAAGAAGAAGAAGAAGCUUGUUAUCUCUUUCUGCUGUAUCACAAUGAACUUCAGCCUGUGUUUCUUUUUCUUUACAUGUUGAAAUGAAUAUAUGAUCACUGAUUAUGGAGCAAGAACACUUUUUGUUAUAAAA